AUGGCGCGGCAUGGUGUGUGCCGUGCUGCUUGCAGCAUGAUCAGCAACAACUCCCUCUAUGGACCCCUGCCAGACUGCCUCUUUGACAAUUGUAUCACACAAAUUGAUGUGAGCGGCAACAGUCUGUAUGGGCGCAUCAACCGCGACUUUAAGAACAUGCUGACGACCAGCGGUGCCCCCGUUCGCACCUUCAUCGAGGGCAUAGCGGCGGAUGACAGUCCCCUCGUCAACUUGGCUCACAACUUCUUCUUUGGCGAUGGGGUGCUCUUUGCUGCCGGCUGCAAGGUCUGCCCCUUCGAGAUCAACGAGCCCAACAACCUGUACACAAGGGACACCACAGCAUGGCAAGAGUUUGGUGGCAAGUGCGGCAGUCUUGCUCUCGUGGAUGAGCAGGGCAAGACGGCGAGGGUGAGUCUGUCGGGCAACUGCCUAACCCUCACCCCGAACAAGAAGUGCUCAUCCAACGCCACCCAGCGCAGCACGGCAGCCUGCCAGGCGUUCUGCAGCAUCACUGCCAACGGCCCGUGUGACGGCCAUGGGGCGUGUGUGCCGGCUGCCCCCGCCUCCCUCUCCAACUUCACCUGCCUCUGUGAUGCCGGGUACAGUGCUGUCGACUCGAGCAACGGCUCCUCCACAUGUGCCAUCGUCCACUCCACCACCACCACCAACACUGGUAACUAA